AUGUUCGACUACGCCAAUAUCCACCAUGUAUUCUCCUCUGAGGCGACGAACCCAUACGAUCGCAAGGCCCAAUCCGACAUCGAGGCUUGUCGCAAAAGCUUCGAUGGCGCACUCUUCAUCGACCGUGUUUUGAGGGCUGUGGGAAUCACCAAAGCUAAGAUCUACCCUCCAAAGACCGACAAUGCGCUGAAGCAAUUGCACCAACAAAUCUGCGAAGCCAACAUGUCUAUGCAUCACAAAUACUCCAUCUUCUACUACAUCCUCCUCGACUUUGACCAAACCUCGGAACACGAGAGCGUCUCGGAGGCCUUUGUAGAGGCAUCUGGAAUGCCCAAGAAGUACGAAAUCUUCAUGAAGGGCCUGUGGUAUCUUGACAGACACGACUUCUCUCGAGCCCUUGAAUACAUCUCGCACCCUUCACUCAUCCCAGACUUUGCCGACGACAUCAUCACCGUCCUCGUCCGCCGUGCCUCCGAUAAAGACUUCAGUAUCGCGCUCUCCUACUUCUACGCGGUGCAGCCUAUCCUGAAGACCUCGGCCGCUCUCGAGUUGCUCUUCGAUGCCAUGGCUCAAACAAACGUCUCUGAAGCGCUCUUCUACUCUCGAACACAUCCUCCUCACACCCGUGAGCUUCUGUUCCGAAAGCUUGUGGGCGCUGUUCUGGACUAUCAGGGCGAAGACUACGCAGACCGGGCCGCCGAGCUUGCGUUCCUCCCCUUCGACACCGCCGAAGAGGGAUGGUUCGAAGAAUACCUGCUCAGGGGCGAUGGAAAGACACACAAGAAGGCCAAAGAUACUCUUCUCAUUCGGAAGAUCACCUGUGAUCAGUUCUCUGAUGUGUCCAAGGUUCGGCAAGGUGGACACUGGUCCGGCAUUCUUGAAGGCAUCAAGGGAGGGAUCAGUGGACAUGCAGAGUAG